AUGCAGCUGAACAAUACCGUGACUGAGUUCAUUCUCCUUGGGUUGACACAAGAUCCUCUCUGGAAGAAAACAAUUUUCAUCCUUUUUUUGGUUUUCUACCUGGGGACUUUGUGUGGUAACUUGCUGAUUAUUACUACCAUCAAGACCAGUCAGGCACUUGCGAGUCCGAUGUACUUCUUCCUUUUCUAUCUAUCCUUAUCUGACACCUGCUUCUCCACUUCCAUAGCCCCUAGGAUGAUUGUGGACACCCUUGUGAAGCAAGCCACAAUUACUUUCACUGAGUGCCUAAUUCAGGUCUUCACAUUCCAUUUCUUUGGUUGCCUGGAAAUCUUCAUCCUGAUCCUCAUGGCUGUAGACCGCUACGUGGCCAUCUGUAAGCCCCUGCACUACAUGACCUUCAUGAACAGCAGGGUCUGUGGAGUGUUGGUGGCUGUUGCGUGGGUGGGAUCCUGCGUGCAUUCUUUAGUUCAGAUUCUUCUGGCCUUGAGUUUACCUUUCUGUGGUCCCAAUGUGAUCGAUCACUAUUUCUGUGACUUGGAGCCCCUGUUGGAACUUGCCUGUGCAGACACCUAUGUGAUAAACCUGCUCCUGGUGUCCAAUAGCGGAGCCAUUUGUACUGUGAGCUUUGUCCUGCUGAUGGUCUCCUAUGUAGUCAUCCUGCAUUCUCUCAGGAACCACAGUGCCGAAGGCAGGAGAAAAGCCCUCUCCACCUGCAUCUCCCACAUCACUGUGGUCAUCCUGUUCUUUGUACCUUGUAUAUUUAUCUACACACGUCCUGCUACCACCUUCCCCGUGGAUAAGAUGAUAGCGGUGUUUUAUACAAUUGGGACACCUUUUCUCAACCCUCUGAUUUACACACUGAGGAAUGCAGAAGUGAAAAACGCCAUGAGCAGGUUGUGGAGCAAGAAACUGACCUCAGAUGACAUGAGGUGA